UUGUGUGUUCUUUGUCGUCUCAAAGCAAAGAGCCAGAAUCGAUUUCCUCAUCACUCAGCAUGGCUGAAUCACUCCUUUUCAGCAUUGCAGAGAGCGUGCUGGGGAAGAUAGCAUCACCGGCGCUCCAAGAAGCCGUCGCUAUUUACAACGUUGAAAAUCAGAUCUGCAAGCUUAGAGAGACAUUGACUGGCAUUAAGGCAGUGUUGUCAGAUGCUGAGGUGCAGAAGGCGACGAACGAUUGUCUGCAAGAGUGGUUAGAUCGGCUUCAACAUGUAUUUUACGAUGUGGAGGAUUUGUUCGAUGAAAUCGAAUGUGAAGCCUUACGGAAGAAGGUGAUAAGUCGUUAUGGAGGCGUAAAAUGGAAGGUACGCCGCUUCUUUUCCCUCUCUAAUCCACUCAUGUUCCGUGCGAAAAUUUGUCAUAAAAUCAAGGAGAUUCGGCAGAGAUUAUCCGUAAUUUCCACUGAUAAAGAUCAAUUCAAUCUUAAUGUGCGGAAUGCUGACAAUGGUGUGGGACAUACGCGAUCACGAGAGAUAACUCACUCUUUCAUAAACCAGUUCAAUGUCGUCGGAAGAGAAAUUGAUAGAAGACAGAUAAUUGAGAUGUUGGUGCGGCCAGAUGACAAAAACCUUUCAGUGAUUCCCAUUGUUGGAAUAGGAGGUUUGGGCAAGACGACACUAGCUAAAUUAGUUUACAAUGACGAUGGUGUAAAAGAGCAAUUUGAGUUGCAACUAUGGGUGUGCGUGCCUGAGGACUUCGAUUUAAAGAAAACUAUCGAAGGAAUCAUCAAAGAUGCAACUGGACAAAGCCCUAACCUUGAUCUUCAGCAAUUGCAAGCCUCACUGCGAACCAUCAUCAAGGACAAGAAAUUUCUCCUAAUCUUGGAUGACGUAUGGAGCACUAACCGCAGUAGAUGGACUGAUUUGAGAGAUUUGUUAAUCGGAGGGGCUAGUGGAAGUAAGAUAAUUGUGACUACUCGUGAUUCAGAAAUCGCUUUAAUAAUGGGUACCUAUCCAGCACAUAAUCUAAAAGGUCUUUCUCGUAACGACUCUAUGGCCUUAUUCAAAAAAUGGGCAUUUGAUGAAAAGGAAAAGGAGCCACGUCCUGAUCUCCUAGAGAUUGGAAAAGACAUUGUCAACAAAUCUCAAGGAGUUCCGCUCCUUGUGAAAACUCUUGGAUGCCUUCUGUUUUUGAACGAUGAUGAUAGACAUUGGACACAUAUAAGGGAUAGUGAAACAUGGGCGUUAGCGGAUGCGAAAAAGGACAUUCUGCCGGUACUUAAGCUUAGCUAUGAUCAUUUACCAUCCCACUUAAAACGUUGUUUUGCCACAUUUUCACUUUUUCCCAGAGGAUAUGCAAUUGACGAUGAUCAUUUAACUAGUUUAUGGAUGGGUUUAGGACUUAUUAGUUCAAUAGGGGAAAAACUUGCAUCGGAAGAUGUCGGUGCUCUGUACGUCAAAGAGUUGCAGAAGAGAUCUUUGGUCCAAGUAGUCGAGGAGUCCGAAUCAAUGUUUCAGUUAAAACUACAUGAUCUGGUCCAUUCUCUUGCAACUAUUGUGGCAGAAAAUGAUUGCUCUGCAGUUGGCUUAGACGCUACAGAUAUAUCAGAGACAGUUCGGUGCGUUUCGAUUCCUAACACAUCAUUAGAGGAAAUCUCAAAUUAUGAUGGAGUCCCACCUUUUCUGAGAAAGCCAACUUCAAAGAGGCUACGUGCAUUUAAAUUAAUGUUCCGAGUUUAUGAUGGAGUCAUAACUAGAGAGUUUGUUGAAACAUGCAUCUCCAAGUCGAUUGAAGAAGCUUCCGGAUACAAUUUGUGA